CUUGUUUUUGAGGCAGCAAGGUCGUUCUUUGUGUCAAAAAAUUGUACGUAUGACGAAUACACAGCUGUAAUAUUUACAUCGAGUGACUGAUUAUUUUUGCUUAAUAACAAAGGUCGUAGUGCGUAUAUGUGUCAAUAAUAGCUAAUUUUAUAACAAAAUCAAUACUCAGAACGCUCCAAUGAGUUUAGUGGGAAAUCAUAGUGCAGAAGGAACCAGUUCAGGAGGAAUUUUCGUACAAUUUAAUCAAGAUUGCACUUCUCUGGUAGCGGGCAGCAGCAGCGGCUACCACCUGUAUGCGCUCACGCCGGACGAUGGCAUCGAGGAGAUCUACGCGAGCCGCACAGGGCAGGAGGUCUGCCUCGUCGACAGACUCUUCAGCAGCUCCCUGGUGGCGAUUGUCACAGUUUCGGCUCCCAGGAAGCUGAUAGUGUGCCACUACAAGAAGGGCACCGAGAUCUGUAACUACAGCUACAGCAACACCAUCCUCGCUGUCAAGCUCAACCGUUCCCGGCUGAUCGUGUGCUUGGAGGAGUCGCUGCACAUCCACAACAUCCGCGACAUGAAGAUCCUGCACACGAUCCGCGAUACGCCGCCCAACCCGCGCGGGCUGUGCGCGCUGUCGCCGAGCGUGGAGCACUGCUACGUGGCCUACCCCGGCUCCAGCGCCACCGGCGAGGUGCAGAUCUUCGACGCCGUGCACCUGAACGCCAAGUGCGUGCUCGCCGCGCACGACGCGCCGCUGGCCGCGCUCGCGUGGGCGCCGUGCGGCCGCCGCCUCGCCACCGCCUCCGAGCGCGGCACCGUCAUCCGCGUAUUCGCCGUGCCCGAGCGCGUGCGCCUGUACGAGUUCCGGCGCGGCGUCAAGCGCUGCGUGUCCAUCGCCUGCCUCGCGUUCAGCGCGUGCGGCUCCUACCUCGCCGCCACCUCCAACACGGAGACCGUGCACGUGUUCCGGCUGGCAGAGGCGGAGCCGCCGCGCGAGCCGCCCGCCGACGGCUGGAUGGGCUGGCUGUCGGCCGCCGUGAGCGCCGGCGCGGGCUACCUGCCGGCGCAGGUGACGGACGUGCUGGCGCAGGGCCGCGCCUUCGCCGCCGCGCGCCUGCCCGGGGGCGGCGGCGGGCGCUGCGUGGCGGCGGUGACGGGCGGCGCGCGCGCCCCGCGCCUCGUCGUCGCCACCGCCGCCGGCCGCGUGCACGUGUACGCGCUUGACCCCGCCGACGGCGGCGACUGCCCGCUGCUGCGCACGCACCGCCUCGCGCCCGCCGCGCCAGACGACGCCGCCGAGACGGAGCGCGAGUCGGAGCUGGCGGGCGCGCUGGUGGGCGAGCCGCGCGCCGCUUUCGAUCUGCGCGACCCGCACCACUUCCCGCCCAUGCGCGCUGCGCCGCCCGCCCAGCCCGCCCCGCCCGCCCCGGAUCAGUAGGCGCCCCGAGGACGACUUAGGAAAAAAAACGCAUAAGAAGAAAAAAAGACCAAAAAAAUGAUCGCGCGCUCCGGCAGCGCCCCUGUAAUAUAAUAUUAUCUCUAUAAUGUAUGUACGUUAGGUUAGACCACGUGUCACCCGCAGCUGCCCCCCCCCCUGCGCGCCGCCUCCCCUCUCGCCACGCCCCGUUUCACACCCUGCGCCGGCCCCGGCAGCUGCCGCUUAUAAAUAAAUUGUAAAUAGUAAUAAAUAUUUUUACAAAAUCA